AUGAGUUGCUGUCGUCGAUUAUCCAAAGAGCAAAGCCCAUCUACAGUCUUAAAUAUACAGGACGAUGAUCCCGAUACAACAGAACCAAGAGAGAAUGAUCAUUCUCUCUUGACAGAACCCAACGCCAGGGCGCUGCUACAUUGCUGCACUCGCUCAUACUUCUUCUUCGCUGGGCAGUGGUUUUGGCCUGCAGAAGAGUUUAUCACAAAGAACAACCUUCCACGAAAACUAUGUAGAAUCGCAUACGCCAUUUGGCAGGUGUUAGUUGUGCUCAUAAUGUGGUCCUACUUCCUGUACUCGAUGGGAUUUUUCACACUGCGAACCAUUGAGGAAGUCGAUUGGCUGUGCCCGCUAACAGACAUCAAGAACAUGGCUCACGGUUUAUGUUGGAUAGUAAAUCACCACACGGGACUCCUAUUUUUCUUGUUUGGCAACUUUGAAAAGCUUCUGGAGCGGCUAAGCAUCACCAAGGAUGAGGUAAGUUUCCCGGGAACGGGGAAGUGGGGGGGGGGGGGGGGGGNUUAAUUCAAGUGGAAGCUACGGCGCAAUACUUUCCUGUGGUAUUGUUUAUUACGCUAUACAAGGUGCAUGGUUCUAACUUUCUCGUGAUAUGUGUAAUAAACAGCUCACGUCAUAGAAGGUGCUUUAUACGGGGUUAUAUUCACGAGUUGUUUGUGUCAAAAGCCCUCACUCGCUCGUACCUCGCUCGUUCGGGUUUUGUAGACUGCUUGCAGUCCGCCUUUUCUCUUAAAAUCCGUCCAGUUCUUAUCUCAUCCAGCGCGAUUGCAAACCACGAUACGCGACAAGCGGCCUCGCCGCUCGCGUGCUUAGGUUUGGCGUGCAGUAACUUUGCAAAGAAAAAUAAGAGACUGCUCGCAGUCCGGGGUUUUGACACAAACAACUCGUGAAUAUAACCCCAUACAAAGGACUUUCUAUGACGUGAGCUGUUUAUUACACAUAUCACGAGAAUUUUCACUGAAAUAGUUUUCUUAAUGUAACACAUAUUAGUAACAGCAAAUCACAAAUAGUAGAACCAAAUGAAAAUUUAAUAGUAAUGGCAAAUCUCUUAACACAUUCUAAGUCCUCAUCGAAAAAUGAAUAAAGGUCGUGCUGAACAGAAAAUGCACUUACAAAAGUUUAAUCUAAGUACGUCACAGACCUCAACGAUGUGGGCUCGUAUUAUUGUUCGCCGUCUUUCUUUCGAUUGAAGUAGAAAAUUGGCGAUUAACACGUCGAGAUCUCUUGUAUCAUUAUUUUCCAACUCUCACAGCUCGCUCCUUCAAACUAACUACUUUAUCAACAACGAAACAUCUCUCUGUGUUUUGCUUUAUGUGUUCUUGUUGUUGUUGUUGUUUUUUUUUGAUGCUACACAAACUCUUCUAAGGAGCAACCAACCGACAAAAACCUGUUAUAGUUUACCUUCGUUCCCGGCAUUUUGUGUUAAUAAAUUUGGAGGCGUCGCUAGAAAGCCACCAAAUCUGGAAAGCCAUAAACGAUGAACUACUCUGAUUUGGCUCAGAAAGGCAUUUAUGCUGUCGUUGAUUGCACCGCCGUAGCCAGUAUGAGGCGAACCGAGGCACUCGCCUCGGUAAAAUUUUACCAAAUACUGUCGAUUUUUAUUUUUUUUAUCAGACUGAUAAUAUUAGAAGAUUUCAUACGGCUGAUUUCGUACAACGGACCGUGUGUUCGCCUCGGUUGUAGUUUCUUCCUGGCUACGGCCCUGGAUUGGUUAUGCUUCCACAUGUGAAAACAGCUGCAUGUACGCCAUUCUGAUUGGCUGUACAAGCUUUUCUCACAUGUGGAAAAUAAAGUGUAUAGAUUUCUACAAAUAAGCUUUACGAAAUAGAAUUCUCGUAAUACUUGUAAUAAAAAGUGGCUCUAACUUUGAGUCUUUGGAUGAAAUCAUUAAGUGUGACAAUUCAAGUGAAAGCUACUGAGCAGUACUUUCCUGUGGUACUAUUUAUUAUGCCGUACAAGGUGGCUCUAACUUUUGAGUCUGUGGAUGAAAUCCUAAAGUGUAACCAUUCAAAUGAAAGCUACUGAGCAGUACUUUCUUGUGGUACUGUUUAUUAUGCUGUACAAGGUGGUUCUAACUUUCGAGUCGGUGGAUGUAAUCCUCAGCGUGACCAUUCAAAUAAAAGCUAUUGAGUAGUACCUUGCGGUAAUCACAGACUAGAUAAGUCGUGGAACUGGUUCGUUAAGAGUAGUAUCCCAGGGGCCCUCUCGCCCGUUCUUGAAAACUUUCGCUGCCGUUUUCCCUGACGCAACUAAGGCAGACCAACUAACUGCCCCCAAGUCUCCGAGGAUAUAUUACGCCAGAAAGAGGGUUCUGCCCUUUCAAAGACUGACUCAUCCACUAUUGGAAUAUCCUUGUGCUGUUCGCGUUUUGUUUUACGGAAUUAAAUUAAAGGCAAGACGUUUUCUUUAUUACUAGGCACCUAAUUUAGUCAUUUCGCAAUUGUUUUUUCAAUAUCUAGGUACGCAGAAGAGCUUCGUCCCACUCGAUCUCUGUUUUCGUGGUAAAUUCUGUGCUUUGGCUAUUUGUCGUCCCAAUAAGUUUGCACGCCACGCAAAUGUUGAUGCCAGAAUUUUUGCCAGUGCCAAGAUACACAGAUGGAAAGAUCACGGGGACCAAUAACAGCUUCCCAGCCAUACAAGUAGCUUUUGAUGUUUUCUUUUAUGCAGCCAGUCGCGGUUUUUCGCUGCCCAUUUUCUACGCGUUUCUUUACUUGAUGUUAUUUCUGUGCUGCGAAGUGGACAAAUUCAAAGCCGAGCUUGGAAGCGGUCUCUAUCCAAGCGAAGAAGAAGCCAGUAACAAAGCCACACAGAUAAACACGUUGAUCAAACAGACAGAAGAGGCCUUCCGUUUUUUUCUCACCUUGUACAUAGCCAUGCUCUUGUUGUCAUCAGCGCUGGAAAUUUUCUCCAUCGUGGAAAAAGCCGAAACCGUGAUAACGGUAAACCACACCGUUCACGAAAUACCUUCGAGCGCUUUGGCCAGCGUACAAACCUUAAAUAUUGGGUCAAAAAGUUUGAUGGCUUUUCCUCACAGGUAGGUUUUAAUUAUAAAUCUCAUACAAUUCCUAAGGCUGUGUUCAAAUUAUACUGGAUACCGUGGCUUUUCGCGGCUUUAAGAAAAGCGAUCCGGUAUAUAUAGUAUAAACAACAACGUCUCGGUUCCACGGAAUUAAAGCUAGUAUUAGUACGAACAAGUUACGCUGUGAACUCCUAUCCACAGGUUAACCGGCAAACGUACAAUUCUAAUUGUAUUUCCCCCCUCAAAUCACACCGUGGGAAUGUCUGGAGGUGAAGGACUCAUAUCAAAGAUUCUUGUUGAUCAGUACAAGAUCACUACGCAAGAAAUCGUGGUGACAGCUGUGUUGGACAUAACAGAAAACGUGGUACUGUACGCCUUUCCACUCUACCAGAUGUCUGUUCUCAAACGUUGUUUGAAAAGAGUCCUAGAGAUGGUAGAAGACAGCAAAUAUGGAGCACCGCAAAACCCUAACAGGAUUUUUAGAACACGACAAGAGAAGAAAGACUUCACGAAAUGGUUCCGCAAUAGGUGCAUUUCUGGUAUUACAGUUCUUGGUAGAGAAGUGAGUUUUCUCUGGACCCUGGUGUUGACCUUCUUUGGUCCCUUUGUAGUGGUGGUGGUAAAUUUGAUGUUCAAGCACAUUCACGUCGAAUCUCCUUGGCAUUAA